AGCACCGCUCGGGUAUGUGUAGGACUUGGCGUGCUGUCAAAGAGCGCACCUUUCCCUUGUCGAAACUCCUCCUUUUCCUGCUGCGGCGAUUGUUAGACGUCCUUCAGGAGAAUAAUCUGGUCGUAGAAAGCUCGCUGCCAGAUUGAGAGCGUCGACACCAUGACAGUGCAGAGCUCGCCAGCAGAAGCAGCAGGCCGCCCGACGUACUCACGUCAGCAGCUCGAGCAGUACUUUGAUCUGAUCUGCCUGCCUGCCGAGAGGCGGCGCUUUUCGCUUUCUACCGAGACCAAUGGCGGCAGCACGAAUGGACUCUCUGACAAGGCGGACGACCUCGCGUACCUCAGCCUCCUGAUGAAGCACCAGGUCGUGCGGGUGCCGUUCGAGAACCUGACGCAGCACUACUCGUGGCACAAGAUCGUGGACCCGCGGCCGAGCCACCUGUACAAGAAGAUUGUCGGGGCUGCGUCGCCCGCCGUGCCCAGACCGCCCACACAGAACGGUGACAGGGACAAUAGUGCUGUCCCCAUCGGCGGUGGGCGUGGAGGAUAUUGCAUGGAGGUCAACUCGUUUUUCCACACAGUCCUGCUGAGCCUCGGCUUUGACGUGUACCUUGCCGGCGCGCGCGUUUGGUCUCCCACGGAAAAGCGAUACUCUGGGUUCAGUCACUGUGUCAACAUUGUGACCAUCAGCGGGGUGCGGUAUCUCGUGGACGUGGCGUUCGGGGGCAACGUGGCGAUUGCGCCCCUGCCCCUGCCGGACUUUGAAUUUGCAGAAGAAGGCGCUGGACCGACGCAUGAGCAUAUCCCACCUGCUAGGAUGAGAGUUGUCCGAGCGCCCAUCUCUCAAGGCUUGAGUCGUGCCAGGGGGCACAAUCUGGGUUGGGUGUACCAGAUCAAGUAUGACUACGAAGCCGAGAAGGACGACGAGGACAAGUGGAUCACUCAGUACAUGUUUGUCGACACCGAGUUCCUGCUCGAAGAUAUCGUCGUGUGCAACAUGUUUCCCGCGUUCAACAAGAAUACCUUUUUCACGCACAAGGUGUUGUGUGUGCGGUUCACGACGGACCUGGAGGUUGGCCCUGGGCGUGAUGGAGACGAGGGGCGGUUCCCAGGGCGGGCGAGUACAAAGGCUGUGCAGGAGGGCAAGAUUGACGGCAAUCUCAUGCUCUGGGGCGACCUGUUCAAGUGGCGCCGAAACGGUGAGACUGUGCUCGAGCGGAAGAUUGAGAGCGACGUCGACAGACUGGAUAUUCUCAAGAAGUACUUUGGCAUCGAGCUCGACGAGGAGGAUGUGAGGGGCAUCGUGGGCACUGCUGGAGCAUUGGGCGGGCAGUAAGGAUGGGAGCUGUGUGAGCCGUGCGCGUGCCGGUGACGACCAAAAGAGAGAGCAAUAUACCAUGAGCUCCAUUAGA